AUGGAGUUAAUCAACCACCAUAAAGUAUGCCUUCACUUCGAACCAAAUAUUUUCAACAAAAGUCGAUGCCAACAUUGUUUUCGAGUCAAGGAGCAACACCAAAAAUAUGACUACAUUCGAAAAAAGGUAAUUUGAUUGCAGUUUCCUUGAUGUUAUCUUCUACCUUCCGAUUUUCGUCUCGCGGGAAAAAAUUUUACGCCGCUGAACAGGUCAUACCAAAGAAUUGAAAAUUUGCGGCGAAAACUUCAUUCGGCUUGAAUCGGGCUAGUGAUCGGGGAUUUUAUCUUCCCCACCAUCGACAAAAGAACGUUUUAUCCCUGAUCGUCGACCUGAUUCUAUGCCGGCUCCGCUUUCCUUUCACCGGUUCUUUUGCGUUCGAUCCAUCGCCUCUAUCCAGCGGAGAGAGUGACCUGCGGAUUGACUGACAUCAAUAAUAUAAUUCUUGUUUCCAGAUGGCCCGCAAAACGUUAGCCUGCGGGUUUUUAUAUGUUGCUCCAUCCAACUUAGAUUUUUCCCAACCAAAUCACUCGAGCAAGGUAAGUUAUACCGAUUGAAAUCCAUUUCUUUUUUAUUUUAGAGAUGGCAAAGGCGAUGGUUCAGCCUUUAUGACGAUGGAGAAUUCAUAUUUGCUCUCGAUGAAAAUGUAAGACCAACAUAUUUGGAAGUUAUAUUGUUUUUUAGCCAGACACGGUCCCGCAACUUCGUAUGGACAUGAACAAAUGCAUUCGGGUCUGUUGCGCAGAUGCCAUCACUCAACAUGCACACAGUUUACUGUUAGCCUUCUCUAAUUCUGUUAAUAAUGAAAAUAGUCAUCCAGCAGUUUGCUAUAUAAAGGCCGACAACACUGAAGAAAUUCGAUGGUAUGUUUUUCAAAACAUUACUUUAUAUUUUUAGUUGGGAAAAUGUUCUUCAGACGUUUUCGAACCAAAAUACGAUCCAAAUCACUCCGUCAUGCUCAUUCUCUCUGGACGAAACUCACAAUUCAGAACCUUUAUCAGGCGAUAUUCUACUUGUAGGUUAACACUGUUGUAACUGACUUGAUUUCCUUUAGCCACCAGAUUGUGCGAAUUAUGGUUAUGCGAUAGAACACACAGAUAUUCAUCCAGGAGACGAGUCGGAUGCUGCCUUUUCAAAUACAAUUGGAAGGAAUUCUAUUCGGAAUGAUGAAGAGCCGAAACAAGUUCCCGAUGUAAGUUUUUUUGUAUUAUUUACUUGAGAUUUAGACGUUUAAAAUUGACACUUCAAAUGUUUAUACCCUGCGGAAAGGGUGGCUUACUCUGAGGGGGAAGUCGGAGAACCAAUACCAGAAAUACUGGGUGGUUCUCGCAGGCCUUUCUCUAAAAUUAUACAAGUAAGUUAUCCUGGCCUGGUCUACGUAAUAUUUAGUGAUGUUUGGGUAGAUGAUAAUGCAGAACCGGCUAUUACAAUUGACCUUUCUGAAUGUGAAAAUGUUUAUCCAUCGACUAGAAAUUAUGGCAUUGAAAUCAAAUGUAAAAGGGCUAGAUAUGUGUUGUCAGCCAUGACCCCAGGCAUUCGGGACUCCUGGAUCAGCGCAUUACAGCAGAAUCUUCAUAACCCAUCGCCUAAUUAUCUAAACUCCAUGGAUAACGCUGACGCCGCUACCCAUGACUCCACUGAGAUCUUUUCGUUUACAGUAAGUAUUCACGAGAUACUAAAAGAUUUUUUUAGAAAAAACGGAAACACAUUGCUUAUGUGGCGCCAGAAUCGCAUCACAGUAAUUCGGUUAUGGAUGGAGAACUGUCGUCUACAACAGAUGAAAACGAUGAGGAAAAUCUGACGCGACUGGAAUCUUCGCAACGGAACGGAACCCGGGAAGACAGGUAUUCAUUUUCUGAUUAGUGUGUCCGAUGCCCCUCCAAUUAUGACGGGUGGAUGCGGCUUACAAACGUCGAUUAUGACCCAUGGUCCUAUUAAACGCCCUGCUUUGAGAGUUGGGAAGGCGGCAAGACAUCCAAAUAGCUAGAGUGCUGGACAAAAUUAAACCGCACGUUAGAAAUUGCUGUAACUUUUUUGGUGAUCAAUAGUAAUAUGUCAUAUUUUUCACCUAGUGUCCUACAAAUCUUGUGCCAAAAAUUAUUUCGGGAAAUUUCCACAAUUUAUUGUUAGAAAAACGUUGAAAAAACCCCAAGUUUUGGAGGUUUUCUUUGCGACAAAGUUAUAACCGCACUUAUGAAUUUGGUUAAUUAGCUCAAUUAAACCACUGAAUAACAAUGGCUAAUGUUUAGUUAAAUUACCUGAGGCUUCAUCAACGGCCAGGAAUACUCUGAGCGAGCUUUUUCAAUCUCCUGGCUAAGAUUGUUCCAGAAUAGGAAAAGCGUCUCUUCUAGCUCAGUUACGGUAAAGUAAUGCUUGUUGUCGCGGUGUAAUUCACAAACCAGGAAGCCCCACACGUUCUCUGUCGGAUUUAAAUCCAAGGAACACAUGGGCCCUUCCAGGGUAACGAUUCCUUUCUGUUCAAAGAACAGGUUUGUUGACCAGUUAAUAUAUACGCGAGCAUUUUGCUGUAUUAACGUGUAGCCUGGUUGCCAAUACGGUACCAGAUGCUUGCCUAAGACUCCCUGUUACUCAAGGCUACCCUUGCGUUUUGAUAUGGCCGCCAACGGAAGCAAAUCAUCAACGGGCCACCUCCAACAUUACGGCGCGAGAAGCAACGCUGAUUUUGUGCCAGUAGUAUGAGUAAUGUGUGAAAUCGUCAAGGACAUCGUUUGGCCAUACAAUCUCCGAGGAAUUCGGUACUGUAACGAUGUGAAGCUGACUUUUACCUAAUGAACCUGUUUUGUCAAUUUCACCUUGGCAAUUUCCGACCGCGCACUGAAAAUUAUUAUAUUAUGCAUCCAAAUUCAUACUCUAUUGUAAUUUACCUUUAUUUACAUUCCAGCCGGUUUUCGGACCUUCUAAGUUCAACCGUCGAUGGAAUAAGUCCUGCGGAUAUCUUGUCCCCGUCCUCACGCGCCUUUGAUUCGGAAUCGCCCUUGGGGGACCGAGUUUCCAUCUUGCGGUAUGUCAUGCAUUCAUCGAAUUUUUGAAAUCCCUGUCCGACCGAUGCAGCUCUAUUUUCUCUUCAGCUCCCAGCCCGUUUCGACGUCGCCUAACGGCACUUCAUCUUUUAUUACGAAUGUCAACGACCAGGUGAGAACCCUCAGAGCACAGCUCGCGCAGACUAUCAGUCGACUGAAAGAAGUGGAAAAUGAAAAUUUUAGUCUCCGCACCUUGUUUCCGUCGCCAGAAGUAAGAACUUUUACAUAAACUAUGGAUUGCGUUCUGUAUAUCCUACGCCUUUGAGAUAGGAUACAAAACGAUUUCCAAGGCUCAUUCUUAUUGCUUUUCGUCUCCACUUUCUUUCUACUUGCAGGUGAAGAAAGACGGAGCCGUUCCGGGAUUCAGGUUUUACGGCGAAAUGGAUGUUCUUCAUCCAGGCUACCCACGAACACACAACGAGGGUCCUUUGCAGUUGUAAGUCCAAUCCCUCGUCUUCAGUCAUUUGUUGACGGAACGUCGUCAAUUGGGGAAAAGAGAAUUGGGGAACUGAAAAAUAGGUUUUUUCUUGCAUACGAGUGGCUAGGGAAUAUCAGCACGUGUAGUUACGAUACCGUAUGGCUGCAAAUUUGCGGCUACUGUAAUUUUUUACACCUGGUCCUUGAAUGUUACUUUUAAGCUGAGUAAUAUUGGGGACAAAUGUAGUGCUGAAUGUUUGCUAAUCUAAAUCAGCUACAAGUGAACUGUUUGUUAAUGAUUGCAUUAUUCACUUCAAAAAUUUUUUUUUUGUAUUACGACAUCGUAGUGCUGAAGGUCCUCACCGUAAUAAAGAUAAACAAAACUGUCUGUAUCUUUUAUAAACGCGGUCAUAUUUUUUGAUCUCAAAAGUAGUUGAGUUACCGUAACUCCAUGUUUUGAUAUGUCUUAACGACUUAUAUGCAGGGAAAGAAGUGUUUUGGUUUCCUCAAAUCUCUUUUUCCCCAAUUGUCGAUUUAAAUUUGUUGAUUUCAGGUCCGUUGAGAUCAGCAGACGUUUAGUUUCAUUGUUGAAGGUUCAAGUGGGCGCUCUGUCCAAGGUAUUACAUUCCACGCAGAAUGCUACAAGUUUUAUUUAUCUCCGAAGAUAUGUGGAUAGUCUAAUUAGAACGGUCGCCGGAAUGGACGAAAAUGUCACGCAGGACUUGGCUACGAUGGAGAGAACGUUCGAAGGCGUGAUUUCAGCAUAUGACAAGGUAAUUAACUCUCCAAGGCUUGAAGGAUAAUUUUUUAGUUGAGUUCGGUGAUCGGUUCAACUGAUUCAUCGAACCGUGCCGAAAACAAUGAUGGAGACGACUUACGAAAGGAGAUCCAGGCUUUGGAGGCCGAAAUUGAAAUAAUUCAGGUACGAUACGAGUUACAAAGGUUGUGACUAAAAUUACGAAAGUUAUAGGCUGAACAUGGAGAACAACUUAAACAGCAGCUUCGAGAAUUUGAGAAGCAGUCCAAAAUAUUGGACGAUCGGAUCAGAUGCCUUGAAGCUGAAAACGAUGAUUUAAAGAAUUGCAUUCAACGGAAUGGCUCUUCCACUUUGGAGGAAAGCAUUGAAAAAAUCAAAUCUUCGUAUCAAAAAAUCAUGCAAAACCUGAAGCAGGAGUACGAAGAGAACAUCAAAAAAAUUGAUGAACAUCAUACCUAUGAAUUAGAGGAGGAGAAACAGGCCACAAAGAUCGCCCUUGAUGUAGUCCAAAGAGCACACGAUGAAGAAAUAAGACGUCUGAGAGAAGAGAGACAUCAUCAGAAUUGUUGUUGCAAUCAGAAAGAAGAGCCUUGCAAGGAAGUAAUGCAGAUGAUGCGGAACGAACUCUUGAAUGUUAAGAACUUAUAUUCAUCGAAAUGUACGGAAAAUGCAAGGUUAGAGGAAGAAAUGGCAUCAUUGAAAAGCCUAAGCAGAGUCCAAAUCAGGUGAGAAGGAAACGUUUUAUAGGAAUCAUAAUUUGCAGAGAGCUCAAGUCGGAGAAUGAAUACCUGAGAUCAGAGAUCCGCAUGAAGGAACAAUCUCUGAUGCAGCUUAGAAGAUCACUUGAAGAUAAAGAAAAGGAGCAACUUCCACUUAAGAUACCGAAAAGAACUGCGAGUCUUUCGACAGGUUCGCUCAACAAGACAGAACUUUCUCCAUCUACUGUACCAGAUGUCUCUCAAACUACAGAGGAUGUCGUCUUAAGGCCGCCCAUUCGAAAAGUGAAUCCUAAUCGACGGAAUGGUAAGAAGAAGGACUUUUUUAAUGAGUAAAUGGUUUCAGAUGUUAGGUACUUCAGUAAUCCGAUCAUUCCAAUUUUGAAGGAUAUAAAUACAUCUGCAAAUGCUGAGUCUCGAAAGCUACCUGAAAGUUUGAUGAGUGAGGUGCGUCGAUCACUGGCCGUCCCAGUCAGCGAGCGGCGGAAAUUCUUCGAACGGGUCGCCGAAUACAAUGGCUCGUUCUAAAAUUGUAUAUUAACGGGAAAUUUUUUACGGAAGCAUUCCUUAUUUUAUAUUAAUUAUUUUACUGAAUCCAAGUAAAGAAUAUCAGAUUGUUGAUUCAAUGUUGAUUUGGUUUCAAUAGUCCUCAUUACAUGCGUCGAGUUUUGUACCUACUUGUUGUUCAGGUACGCGAAUCGGGUAAAGUUAUUCUUGGCUCAUGAUUUACUAUAAGAAUGGAGAAGAGAACUUAAAGAAACGACAUGCUUUUCUGUGUCUCCAUAGUCUUGUCUUCUUUCGGCCGAAAAGAGGGGGAGGUCUUUUUCAGAGCCGGAGCUUUGUGUGCGGCGGCGUCUUCGUUACCAGCUGGCUAUUCCAAUCUCCAGCCAAUGUCCAAUAGCGGACUAAGGCUCUUUAACUUCCCGUCUUGCUUCAACCAAAAGUCCUACUCUCAAAAGAAAAAGAAACUCCUCAUCGGAAAACCGUUGGAAUAAGCGGACCGCUGUCCAAGGGGAUUCUCUUGGCCGCCGCAGCACGGGAGUAUAGAGAGAUUGGACGUGUGCAGCUGCGAGCGGCCUCUCGCCUGCACACCCACUGCAUCUAAACUGACUGCCUGGCGGUCUCUCACUCCCCCAUCCUAUCCAUCCUUCUCUUGUCCACAAGUCCGACGCCGUCGCUCGCAGCUCCGCGAAAAUUCCUCUGAGCCCUUCAGGCAGGACCACGUUCGUUUCUUUUUGCGGGGAUCUCGAUCCGCACUCAUCAAGUUGCCCUCAUCCACGUCGCCGGCGUUCCUGACUGUCAUACGGGCCCUGCGUGCUCGAAUACUUGACCGUCGAUUUCUAUCUCGCCCAUCCCGUCCACAUUCGUGUCGCGUUCAAACAGCGGUCCAAAUUCAGAUUCCUACCCUGAUUCGUUCCGCGGAACGGUGGGCCUGGUCCCCACCCAACCCCAGCAUCCUGUCAUGUCGGAACCCACUCUCCAAAAGGUAACAUAAUUAAUCUUGGCCACGUCACUUCCAAUUGGAAUUCUUUUGUUUCUAAUUCACCGAUUUUCAGUUGGACUUGCUGUUGCUCCGACUAGCCGAGGUGGCGCCUCUCAAAACCCACAAAUACUUUCGAGUGGCUGUUCCCCAAGCGUUGACUGGACAGAACUUGGUGCAAAUCCUCCACGAACUCCUCAACCUCGAGGAUUCGACCGAGUCCAUUCAUUUAGCGACCUUGUUGUUACAUUAUGGAUUUAUCUUUGCAGUGAUUGAGCCGUCGAAUGUUGUCAAAGACGACAAUACUCUCUAUCGUAUACAACUUCCUUAUUUUUGGCCAUCUCAUGCCAAGAACGUUGAUAAUAUCGAAUAUGGUGAGUCUGCGAGGAGUACACAUAAUUUUUCAUUACAUUGAUCUGAUACAUCCAAACUGUUUACAACUUAUGUGAUUACAAAAAAUAGUUAGUAUUAGUACAGGGCGCACAGUAUUUUCCCAGGAGACAGAUUUUACUAUUUCUUCUGUCAAAAUGGUUGUUUUUUCACUUGAGGUCACAAAUAAUUAGAACCAACGCUUCGCUUAACGGUUUUACAGUACCACGAACACAAAAUAAAUUAAAAAACUGUUUAAAAAAAUAAUUUGGUAGUUAAUAUUUCAGCAAUUUAUUUGAAUAAACGACUUAUGAGGAACGAACAAAAACAUGGACUGGAAGAAGAAGAGAUCGAACAUUACAAUAAACUGGCUGAACUUCUUGCCCACAUGUGGGGAUUCAUCACAAUUCAGGCUGAAAUGCAGGUCAAAAUCCAGAAAGAAAAAAAGAAAAGCGAGAAGGUUGUAUUUGACAGUGAAGAGAGAGCCUUCUGGCGACUGCGACGUCCUUUUGGCCCAGGACAACCCAACUGUCUAGAAAAAUCAAUGCAGAAAAUAGAACGACGCCUCAGGAAAUGCACCUUACAAGGCCAUCGCCAGCGUGUCGAAAGACUCAAGUUGGCCCUUAAAACAAAGCCCUGGCUGAAGGCCAUGAAGGCUAGCGAUACGAUGGUCGCUUCUGUAGAACAUAUGCAAGAUUACGACUCUUUCUUGUCCGCUCCCCAUCCUCCAAAUCCUUGGAUCACCGACGAUACCUCACUCUGGACUUUGAACACUGAUGCGUAUGUCAUUUUUUUUUUUUUUGAUCUACAAGCUGUGUAUUAUUGUGCAAUUCAUUGUGAAUAUUUCAGUGUUGAGGUCCCAACCGAAAGACGGGUCAAACGAUGGGGCUUGAGUGUUCAAGAAUUGGUCAGAGACUCGAUUGGUCGACAAGUACGUUCUUUAUCUUAGUGAAUGAUUGUAAAGUUUAGGUGCUUGAAACAUUUUUGGAAUCAGAAUUCUCGUCGGAGAAUAUAAGAUUUUGGUCAGCUGUUCAAGAUCUCAAGUAUUCUCCAAAUAGCCAAAUCCAGGAAAAAUCCCAGCAAAUUCGAGACGAUUACCUGGCCCCCGGAGCACCAAAUCAAGUAAACGUUACUUACAACUAGUCAAGGUUAAUUGGUUUAAGGUAAAUGUUGACUCUCGCACCCUCGAAGAAACCCUCAAAUGUCUGGAGAAUCCGAAAGUUCCCCCUCGAUUUGCCUUCUGGUGUGCCGAAGAGCAUGUUUUUACUCUAAUGAGCAAAGACUCUUAUCCAAGGUUCCUUAGAUCACAGAUAUACAAGGGAAUCCUUCAAGCAGCCCAACAACAAGGUAGGUGAGGAUUGUUUUACAAUUACCGAUGAUAUAUAGGAAAGUCGAAGACCUUUAUCAUAUCUAAAUUCAAACCCAGCAAGUAACCGUCCAUUCCUCCUUCAGUACAUCAUCUCAGGUAAGAGUUGAUUUGCCUUUAGCGAUUACCCUUUAGGUAUAUGGAACGACCUUCUCAAUACGGGUCUCACUGCCAAACAGAAAAUCAGUCAAGAAUCACUGCCCAUUCAAUGA